GGCCCGCGCAGGAGGCGCGCAAGGCGGGAGGGCGCCGAGCUGCGGCUACUCCCGCGCCGCCGAGAGGGAGGGGCCCAGCGCCGUCCGCCAGCCUGGCUCACCACCGCUCGCCCGCUGCUCAGUGUCCUCGCGAGCCCAGCUUCGGCCGGCGAAGGCGACGUCCAUCGCGAGCCCGGGCGAGGCGCGUCCCCGAGCGGCCCGGCGUGUGAGCCUUGCUCAACAGUGCUGGUGGAGCUAUUUUCCCCGUGAAGAGUAAAGAUCCCCAACUGUAGAAGUGCCCAUAAGCAUCAUCGACUGGGAAGCAAGGAGCAGUAUGCCAGAGCCAUCUGUCUGAGUCUAAAGUGUGAAGACCACCAUAUCCACCAGAAAAGCAAGGAUGGAUCUCCACCAAAGCCCCACAGCCAGGCUCCUGCAGAAAUGGUGUUCCCAUGAGUCACCAUUUGGCUGCAGGAGACAUUAUAAUAGCAGGAAAAAACUGAAGCUAAUUCGAGUCAUUGGCCUUGUCAUGGGCCUGGUAGCUGUGAGCACUGUCCCAUUUUCAAUCAGUGCCUUUACUGAGACAGACUCUCAGAGCAACAGAGGAGAAGCCAGUGAUAUGAGUGGCCCCAGAGUAGCACAGGGUCACCGUCAAAGAACUCUCUUAGACUUAAAUGACAAGAUUCGAGAUUACACCCCACAGCCACCUGCUUCUCAGGAAGACCAAGCUGAGAACAGUACUGAGCACACCCAGGGAGACUACCCAAAGGACAUCUUUUCCCUGGAGGAGCGAAGGAAAGGUGCCAUCAUUCUGCAUGUCAUUGGGAUGAUCUAUAUGUUCAUAGCAUUAGCCAUCGUCUGUGAUGAGUUCUUUGUUCCUUCUCUAACUGUCAUCACUGAAAAACUGGGAAUCUCUGAUGAUGUGGCUGGAGCCACCUUCAUGGCUGCAGGCGGGUCAGCCCCAGAACUUUUCACGUCUCUUAUAGGGGUCUUCAUUGCUCACAGCAAUGUCGGCAUUGGCACCAUCGUGGGUUCCGCCGUGUUCAAUAUUCUCUUUGUUAUUGGCAUGUGUGCUCUGUUUUCUAGAGAAAUCCUAAACCUGACCUGGUGGCCGCUCUUUCGGGAUGUGUCCUUCUACAUCGUUGAUUUGCUCAUGUUGAUCACAUUUUUCCUGGAUAACGUUAUCAUGUGGUGGGAAAGCUUACUCCUCUUAACAGCUUAUUUCGCCUAUGUGGUUUUCAUGAAGUUCAACGUCCAAGUAGAGAGAUGGGUGAAGCAAAUGAUAUCUCGCAAUAAUGUUAUCAAGGUGACAGUGCCAGAAGCCCAAGCAAAGCUCUCAGAAUUCCCUCCAGCCUCACAGGCAGAUGGGAGGACAGCUUGCCCUACAAUAACAAAUGACCCUGACUGCCAGAGUCUGUGUUUCGAGGUCUACCCUGAGACAGCCAGGCAUGGGUCCUGCAUAACGAAUGUGAAUGGAGAGCCGCUGAAAGAAAAGACCCAGAACAGCUGUAUGGAAGAGUCACCUACAGCUGGGGACAAGGAUGGGCCAACUUUACCGGUAGGGAGCAGUAGCGCUGCCUGUUCCUGUACCAGUGAAGAAUGUGUAGCAGAGUCGAAGCCACGCCUCCAACGAGGCGGAAGCUCUGCCUCCCUCCACAACAGUCUCAUGAGGAAUAGCAUCUUCCAGCUCAUGAUACACACCCUUGACCCACUCGCUGAAGAACUUGGAUCAUAUGGAAAACUAAAAUAUUAUGACACAAUGACUGAAGAAGGGAGGUUCAGAGAAAAAGCUUCAAUUCUCCACAAGAUCGCCAAGAAGAAAUGCCAAGUGGAUGAGAAUGAGAGGCAGAAUGGGGCUGCCAAUCAUGUGGAAAAAAUUGAACUCCCCAACAGCACAAGCACAGAGGUGGAAAUGACGCCAUCGAGCGAAGCUUCGGAACCCGUCCAGAAUGGAAACCUCUCCCACAACAUUGAAGCUGCAGAUGCCCCGAAGGCCACAGAGACUGCCGAGGAAGAAGAUGACCAGCCCCUCAGCUUGUCCUGGCCGACCAACACCCGCAAGCAAGCCACCUUCCUAAUCGUUUUUCCCAUUGUGUUCCCUCUCUGGAUCACCUUACCUGACGUCCGAAAACCUGCUUCCAGGAAGUUCUUCCCUAUCACAUUCUUCGGCUCCAUCACCUGGAUUGCAGUUUUCUCAUACCUGAUGGUGUGGUGGGCACACCAGGUUGGAGAGACAAUCGGCAUUAGUGAAGAAAUCAUGGGUCUGACCAUCUUGGCUGCUGGGACCUCUAUCCCUGAUCUUAUCACCAGUGUCAUAGUGGCCCGAAAGGGCCUGGGGGACAUGGCUGUGUCCAGCUCUGUUGGAAGCAACAUCUUUGACAUCACUGUGGGGCUCCCACUGCCCUGGCUCCUCUACACCAUCAUCCACAGAUUCAGCCCAGUGACUGUCAGCAGCAAUGGCCUCUUCUGUGCCAUCGUCCUUCUCUUCAUCAUGUUGCUUUUUGUCAUUCUCUCCAUCGCCCUCUGCAAAUGGCGGAUGAACAAAAUCCUCGGCUUCAUCAUGUUUGGCCUCUACUUCGUGUUCCUGGUGGUCAGCGUCCUCCUGGAAGACAAAGUUCUCGUGUGCCCUGUCUCCAUCUAGUGGAAAAGCCAUAUCUUAAACCAACAGCAUGGAUGGUCCCUCCCGGCUCUGGGCUCCAGGCUCCUUGCAGUCUUGAGAAGAGGCAGCUUGUGCACAGCCCUGGGAGGCAAGUAUCCCUCCUUGGAAGGUUGGAGGAAGGAUGGAUUCCCAUGGGGACAUUCACUUCACAGGCACCUCGCCCUUGCCUGAUGAAAUGACUCCGUGUAAGAGGCAAAGAGGACCUCCAUCACCACUGACAGGUACUCCUCGCUGGUCGGAGGUACGUUCAUUGUGAUGACACAAUAGAGGACAGAGGCUAUGCAUACAUAUAAAUACAAAUAUUAUAAAUAUAUAUACAUGAGCAUAAAGAUCUUGCCUGUUUCUGUACUAUACCUCUUCUCCUAUACCUAUAGAUUAAUACAUAACUGUACACAAACAGAAAGAAAAUAUAUAUAUAUUAAAAAACAUAUAUUUAAGUGCAAAUGCAUCUUUUCAGGGAUAGCUCUAGUAUAUUUAUAGUACCUAUUUGAAGAGGGGCAUCAACCUUCAACCUUCAGUUUGUGCUUUGCCCCUCAAGUGCAAAAGCUGAAUUAACAGAAUCGGUAGGCAAAGCGCUCUUUGCUGUGGUCUCUAGCCUGCUUCGGAUACACUGAGUUUAGUGAAAUUCUUUGCAGAAGGAGAGCUUAAUAGAGGGAGUCUGUAGGAGCCCCAGUUAGAACCUCUAAAAUACUCUCACAAGCCAAAAAGAAUCACCUGGCUCCUCCCCACUGGGGUGCUCUGAGACCCUCGGGACUCCAUAAGACAGAUGACAUUCAGACUGGGUGACAAGGAGAGGUGUCUGCUGAGGGUUGGGCAGUUUUGGUUUGGUUUGUUUUCUUGUAAUGCCCCAGCAUGCAAGUAGAUGGUAUGAAUGAAAAACAAAAUUAGUGCUUUUCUAGGACAGCAAAAAUUAUAGAAACUGAACCUAUCAUGUUCCAGUGCACGGCCCAUUAUCAUCAAAAGAACAAGGGCAAUCUUAGCCAUGAUUGUCAUCUGACAUGUUUUAAUGCCAAGGGCUCCCACACAGUCCAAAGUCCUGCCAAGAGCGCUGAGAUGUGUGCUGAAAAUCACCGUCCAGCAGAGGUGCUCAGUGGGGGUUGCCACCCAAUGGGAACAUAAGGGCAUAGCUCCUUAGAGCAUUUUUCAGUGCAGUCACAAAGGGCUGCAGUGUCUACAGAUCAUUCCCAGGAGAUCUAAACUAAAGACUGGCAGUGUUUGGUUGAGGCUGUUCAGGUUUGUUUGCAGAGGCCCCCACCCCCCACCCCCACCCCAGAACAGUUUCCAAGUCCUGUGUCAUGGAUUUGGUCUGUAGAUCCGUACAACAUCUGUAUCCUGCCUCCCAUCAUAACCCCAUCUGGAACUUUAGCAUUCCAAGCACAGUGGAGACAGUACAUGUUCCAUCGUUUCUUUACGCUACUUGGAAGCAGUCACUCUGAUAUCUUGCUCAGCUUCACAUGGGGUCAUCUCAUUCACUGAGUGUCCUCAAGCUCUGUCUGACAUCUUGUAUGACUUCUACAAGGUUUAUUUCAGUAGAAAAUGGGACUGGCUGGCAGCAAAUUACAUUGAAAAAAAUAUGCAGGGUUUUUCAUUUCCCUAAACCAUACUUUCUCCCUAAAAUCAACUGAAAAAGUGAAGAGAGAGUGACCCCGAGUGUAAAUUGGCACACAUCAUGCACGGAGAAUGUCGCCGCGUAUUCAUGCCCUGAUCUGGCACUAUGCCUAUUCUGACUGUUGUGAACACCCCUUAACACAGGGACGCAGGCAGGAUGCAGAACUCAAAGCUGAAUUUAAAAGGUCUGGUAACCCAAUACUGCAGCUGAAGUUCAGCAUUCCAUCUACAAACCCUCCAUUUACAGAGCAGGGCAACAGCAGGCAGAGCAAGCCCAUUACCUCUCUUCACUCUUAAGCAAAAGGCACUUCAAAGUGGAGGCCCCCUGAGGACACAAGAAAUAAAAAGGUCUGCUGCCUAAGAAACUGGCUUUCAAGUCUCUCCAACAAUGCAGAGUUGGGAUUUCAAUGGUGAAAGAGAAAUCCAUGCCCCAUUUAUCAAGGGUUGGACUUUGUAUGGGGCAAGUAUCUGGGUUGCUUCCUUACAGAGAAUGGCAAAGGAAAAGUGAGUUUUCAGUUUUAAAAAUCUCAGAUUCUUGUCCUGGCUGCUCAGAUGAGAGCAGGACGAUUGUUGGAUACAUUCUGAUUUCUGGUUGGUUUAUUGCUGAAAACGGAUAAUUUUUUUAAAAACCAACUGCAAAUAGACUGUAAAGUAAGAAAGGUCAGAGAAUGUCUUCUCCCAUCAUUACUGUCCCCUCCUCACCAGGAAGCCAGGAAGCACUCCAGGGGCCUCAGAGCUAGGAGUUCUGCUUUGAGGAAGAGUUGUGGUCCUGAACAAAAGUUGCUUUGAGAAGACAACAUUCCCAAAGCCAGCUCCCACUUCCAUGGUGUCCCCCCUCCCUGAGAGGUGCAGGCACCACCUAUCUGCUGCUAGCCCUUGCUGCCUUGUCUGAGGAGUGUGUGGCUAUGUGGCCAUAUGUUGUCCUGGAAUCAUUCACAUCGUUGUAAAACUGCUUCCUACAGGAUAGACUUAGGUCAUCUCCAAUUUCUUUCUUGCAUGGCAGUGUGUGCAAGUCUACUGGGUCUGCUGACAGACAAUAUCAAGGGUGGCAUCACCCUACUGGUCCGAUCACACUUGGAAUCCCAAAGCAAAGAGCAUCAGAUUUGACAGUCAAGGAAGAGGAAACUCAUGCACACUGACCAAAGUGAACAUUUUUGAACAAAAGGGUUAUUUUUUUUAUUCUGUGCACAUAUACACACAAACACUCGCAUACCAUUCAAACACUUCAACCCACAGAAUGUAGGGAAUGGGCAGCAGUGUCCCUGUUGCUUUCAGAGAAGUAAAAAUAUGCAACAAGAGGCAUGGGAGAAGAAUAUGAGACCGCUGUCUCUUUGCUUCUCCGGAGCAGGGUAUGAAAUACUAUCAAAAGUUCAAGCCAAAAUUUUACCACUCAUCCUAAAAUAAAGUAAUUGUACCCAAAUGGGAAAUUUGGUACUCAGAGAAAAACCAAGCCAGUCUUGCUUGCUGUCAUCUCUCCUAUAGCCUUAGGCAACCCUGAAACAGGAGAGAAACUUAGUUCAGACCAAGGAAUCUAAAAUAGAAACUCCUAGAUUCGAAUUUGAGAGUGUCCAUGACACAUCCACCUGCCCUCUGGACCUGGCCAGUCUCUGAUGGGAUGAAGCAUCAGAUUAAUGGUGUUAUUCAACUUCCCAGGACCUAAACAUGCCAGGGAGAGUCAGCAGGGCAGAGUCCAUGCGCAGAGGCUCAGAGAUGGGGUUAUUCAUCAGCUCGGCAGAUGAUGCAGAAUAUCUGAAGCCUCACUCGGGUGUCAUAAAAAGAGACAAGGACCAUCUCAUAGUCAAGGAAAAUGCUUUUUCAAAGGCCUCUGACAGGGGCCAUUAGAAAUUAUUUCAUAGGGAAGACAUGAGUCAGGUAGUUUGGAGGCCUUUCAGCAAAACACAGCUGCCUCCGUGAUUAGAUUUUUGGUGACAUUAAUAUAUAUCUACUCCUGACCAGAGAGAGUUGGCCAACUCCCCUACACCGCCAAUUCCCACAUCUUUUAAAUGCCUCUGUGACUUGAGAUGAAGUAAGAUAGUGUGUGUAAAAGAAGGUUAUCCACACCCAGACCACCUUAACAGAAAGUUGAUCACAGGAGAGGCAACUGUUAGACCUACUGGCCAGUCAGAGAGGGAGAUGGAAUUUAAAGUAUUCUAUUGAGAGAAUUGCACUGAAGCAUUUGAUAGGGUUUGAUGCCUGUCUGAAUGAAGCAUUUCAGAGAAUUUCGGUGUGCUUUAAUACAAACACACAUGCACACACACUUGAGCACUCGGGCACACACACAAAUUCUAUUCUUCCUUGCACCCAGAAAGAUUGGGACUCCAACAAGUAGCAAGUUACAGACAGCAGGUCUGUUCCAGAAAAAGCAUUCUAUAGAAACUAACACCUACUCUUAAUGUAUUCACUUGGCCUAAUAAUUUUUAAGCUGUCAUCCUCAAUUCCCAUGCCUCUCACAACAUUCUUUUCAAUUAGCAGACAAGGUCUUCCCAUUAAGAGAGAGUUGGUAGAAAAAUUUAAAACUCAAAGGGGGAGGGGGAAAGAGAAGAUAAUUUAUUUAUAAUAGGAUUCCUAAGAAAGCAACCAAAUAUAUUUAUGGUGUUUAAAAUGGUUAUGAAUAACAGACAUUUUUAAACAGUUACUAGAGUCUAUACAUAUUCUACAUUUAUUUGAAAAGCACAUGUCAAGAAGGACUCAGGAAAGAAAGGUACCUGUGCCUUGCCCCAGUGUCUGUCUGAGUUCAGUUUACUGCCUUUGGAUCUUUGUGGUCCUUUUUAAUCUCACAGCUUCGUAUUCUUUGAAAUAUAUAGCUAAGAAAAGCAAUAAAGGAAAUACAGCCAGCUCAGAUCAAAUACAUAUUAUUGCACCUUCGAGCUAUUUCUCUCAUAUCACUUGGCACUUUGGGUCCACAGAGGCUGUGGUUGCCGCAACAAGGAGGACAUAGACCUCUGUGCAAUCACAGAUGUGCUCAUGUUCGCUACAUCUGGAAGUAGCUUGCUUCCCAUGUAGACUGCCCAGACAGCAUGCAUCCACAUGCCUUUCUCACACAUAGACAAUCAACCUCGCUUUAGACUACCUAAAUGGCACCAAAGUCUUUAAUCUUGUUUGUGAGUCUUUUCUUAAGAAAGGGUGGGAGAAAGGGCCACACAAAGGACAAACAAAAGGAUAAACAAAUGCAUGACCUAGCCAGGCUUUGAGAGAUCAACGCAGUCCUGAAAGUUUAGGCACAUGGGCUCAAAUUAUUGUACAAUGAGGGACUGAAUGGAGAAGCGUGGUGCCUAAGCCAAAGCACUUUUCCUGAGAGACUGAUGGGCUGGGCUAGAAAAUUAAUAAGUACCUAAGGAUGAAGGAAUGCUGUGGACUUGCAUGGGCUCCCACCAGAGACUGAUUCCACUGGGAGAAUCUGUUGCUGGUUGCUAAAGUACAAAGGACCACUGAUCAUAAGUCACCAUGGGAUAUCAGCAAAAAGUUCCUAGUGUAACCAAGGUCAAUGUUUGACGCUGCCAGAAGAGUCCAUCCAACUAAGACCCCACAGCUGAUGACUUUUUUUAUUUGUUUGCUUUGCUUUGCUUUGCUUUUCUGUGUUUCCUUUGUGGCAGAAGUCAACUGCUUUUGAACACUUUUUGAUCUUUAUCCAUGACAUGGUUAAAAGUUGCCACUGUAGGACCCUGUACCUAUUUUCAUCAGAAGCAUCCUUGAAUUUGUGUUCAUUUGUUUAGGUGUUUUCUUCUUCCUUCUCCUCUUCCUCCAUCUCCUUUCUCUCCUCUUCCUUUUCUUCCUGCUAUUGUCACAGUGUAAAUAUUCAAAAGUUCUAGGCCUUUACCCCCAACCACACUUCCCUGUGGAUGACUAAUCCUUGAAGAAGUGCACUCUAAUUGCUGUUGGAUGGCAGGCAGAAUCUGUAACCACAGAGGUGCACAGUAGUGCAAAUACCUUCCAAGGACCAGUAGACUUGAAUACGGAUCCAAUGGGAGUUGGUUGUCUGGUGUCAAGAUGAGCACUGGGCACAGCAUUAUCAUAGAGGGCCAGUGAGGUCAAGGUUGCAGCUCUUUUUGUAUCUUGCAUCUUCUUUGUUCCAUAUAGUCAAAAGGGAAACGGGAAAGGAGCCACAUCAAAUUGCUCCAAGACUCUGUGUGUGUGCUUGCCUACAUUGAUCCUGGGAGGAAAACAUUUCAAAUGGGAAGUCAGAGAAAGGACUGGAGAGACCCUUGUUAUGAGUCCCAUGGAGUCUCUACUUCCUCGUGCAGUAGGUUCCUAGAAACAGUAAGGUCACUUCCUGCUGUUUUGGGAUGGGAAUUUUCUCUUUGGUUGCAGUUUCAACAUAAUAGAGAUAUAAAAAAUGAAGACCUUGAACACUGACAGGUCUCUAAAACACCCAGCUAGCCAAAAGAGAUACUAAAUUUCUUAAAUAAUGUUACAUACACACAAACAAGAGAAAAGUGAAAUACCAUUUCCAGGAUGAAAUUGCAUGCGCUAAUUAAGGGCAGAAAAUUCCUUGCCAGUUAACUCAAUGACUCUCCAACUCUUACCAUCAGGAUAAAACUGAAGGACAAAGGAUGCCUUUUGGCUUUUUUAAUUUUUUUAAUAUUGCACUUUAUAGUAUUUCAUAAGAGACUAUUGUCUUAAUUAAAGCCAUAAAAUACCAAUAAUGCAUAUAUUCAGGGCUUCUGGAUAUAGUCAAUAAACAGUCCACGGGUCAUUCUGUGUGUUGUUCGUUGUAAAAUGAAGUUUAUCUGUUCUGUUUUUAUUACUUAAACUACUGUUCUAGACAAUCCUAAUCAACUAAAAAAUUUUAGGUGUGUAGUUUAAUCAAACUUUGAAAAUCAAAGAAAUUAUUCAUUUCAUGAAAGAAUUCUUCAUUUCCAAAGCAGCUAGUUGCAUGGUUUCUUUAAAUAGCAAGUUCCACUGUUGCACUGAAAAUAUUUCCUUUUAAAAAUCCUAGAUUAUUUUACAGGAAUCCAUUUGUUAUGUUAAGUAAGAUUCACCCAUGUGGAUAUUGGAGUGGAUGAUUAGCUAACAUGCCUGAAAAUAUUAGAAUGUACUUGUGUUUUUAUAUAAAUAUAUGAUGUGUCUAAGAAGUUCCCUUAUAAAAAUGGCAAGCAGAUAUAUAACCUGUCAAUAAUAUCUUAUACCUAUAUUUGUAUACAUCACUGGGAGGACAAGCAAAAGCAAUGGACUUCAUGGUGGACUGGGUGAUCAAUUUCCUUUUCUAUCAAAACAGUUUCUGACUGAGGAUGGUGAGCUGUUCAUGUAUAGAUAUGGACAGAAGCUCUCAAGACUAAAACCCUUAAUAUUUCACUUUGUAAUGCAAUCAGAGUGAUAGCUGAGAAGAUUACUAAAGGGCACAUAAUAGCCUAGAACAAUCCACCACAGCAGGGUAGCUAGGUCAUCUAUGUAAGCCCCAGUAUUAAAUAGAACAACCCCAUCAAUAAUCUUAGGCUUGAACAGACAACUUGUCCUAAAGAAAAAUAUCUGAAUGCAGAGUCAGUGACAUUCCUCUAUCACAGGCUGUGUGGAGGCCCAAGGUCCUCAAAAAGUCAGACCGUCCAUCAGAGCUUCUGUUGAAUUCGGCAGAGUCCACCUUGAUCCCUGUACCUAACCUUGUUCUUCCAAGUCUCAAUAGCAACAGCUUCCAUCUUCACAAUGCAGACACAGAGAGGUGCAUGAAAACAUAUAUGACUCGCAAACCAGGCAUAAUGGCACACCUGCAAUCCGAGAAGUGAGGAAGUAGAGGCAGGAGGAUUGGAAGAUCCUGGUCAGCUUUGGCUACAUGAGACCCUGUCUCAAAAAAAACAAAUCAAAACAAAAAACAAAAACAAAACAAAAACAAAACACUAUCUUCUUAGUUUGAUGAAGCACUGCUGGCACAAAAGAUAAGUUAUAUAUUUUUAAGACAGAAAUAUUAUUAAUGUUGAUCCUAACAUAGAUAUAUACCCUACAAGGUAUAACCUGCCUUUUAAAUGGGUCAUUUAUAAGUAUAAAACUGUGCCCAAGAUCUUCUGUUUGGGGUUACAUAAUCAAUUCCUGCCAACCAGAACCUAUGACCCAGAUUUGGUCAUGAUAUGCACACCAUAAAUAUGUACAGUAACUAUACCAAUCAAAAGAAUAAAACAGCUUUUAGAAUUUUUAAAUGAAUAUAUUUUAGAAAGACCAAAACUUAUCGGAAUGCCAUUUUUGUGAAGGAUCUUUUUAGGGGCGGUCUGGGUCUCACACGGCCUUUGUUUGCCUGCACUCUAAAGAAGUAUCCUAGGCCCUGUCUUCACCCCUCCAGACUCCGGGGGGGGUGCACUUUAAAGUCAUCUUCGUCAUUUUGUGUUUGUUGUGAGCAGUUUUCUCUGGCUGGCUAGACGUACAGCGACUCCGUGUCAUUUACUCUGUGACUCUGUCUGUACAUAACUGGAAUUCGGAUGGCAAACUGUACAUAGGCUGUUUGGAGUGGUGUGCUUGGGUCACGUGGUCUCACUCUGGUAAAGGGUUUCCUUCCAUGUUCCACUGUCUGCAUCCUUGUGCUUAUACUGCUGAUAACUUACUGAAUACACUUUAUGUAACUAAGUCUCCUCAGUGUAAAAGUAAUAAUAAUAAAACAAUUGACUCCAAAAA